GCAAACAAACAGUUCCAAGGUAACACCUCAUUUAUAUAUCCGCGCAUAUUUGCAAACCCCAUCGGGCGACGGAGACUCGGAGUCAACGGUCGUCCGAAUGAUUUCAUAAAAAAAGGCAAAGCCAAGCAAAUAAGAGAGGGUAGGAAAAAAAAAAGGGAGAGGUUUUCUCACCGGGCGAAAAAUAAAAGCUCCUCCUUUUAAUUCUCGAGGGAUCGAAAUCGAUCCCUUGUCCAGGACUUUGGGUGUCAAAGAUGGCGAGAGAUUUCUGCGACGUCCGAAUCCUUCUCUUCGUCGCCGCGGCGGCCUUCAUCUACAUCCAGGUGCGCCUUUUUGCAACACAAUCUGAGUAUGCAGAGCGCCUGGGGGCCGUUGUGGAAUCUGAAAAUCAAUGCACAAGUCAAAUGCGGUUGUUAAUUGAACAAAUAAGCACGCAACAAGGAAAGAUAGUUGCUUUGGAAGAAGCGAGGAAAAUUAGAGAUGAAGAAUGUGCCCAGCUGAAGACUUUAAUUCGACAUCUUGAAAGAAAGAAUCUUCAAAGCUUGACCAGCCAAAAAGAGUGGCCUGUAGCAGCUGUUGUGAUAAUGGCUUGCAAUCGCCCAGACUAUCUAGAGAGGACACUGGAAUCUGUCUUGAAAUAUCAGAGAUCAGUUUCUGCUAAAUUCCCAGUUUUCGUAUCCCAGGAUGGAACAAAUCCAGAUGUUAAAACUAAAGCUCUGAGUUACAGUCAGAUAACAUAUAUGCAGCACUUGGAGUCUGAACCAGUGCGUACAGAAAGACCUGGUGAAAUAAUAGCAUACUACAAGAUUGCAAGACAUUACAAGUGGGCCCUGGACGAGCUAUUCACCAAGCAUAAUUUCAGCCGAGUAAUCAUACUGGAAGAUGAUAUGGAGAUUGCGCCAGAUUUUUUUGACUAUUUUGAGGCCACAUCUGCUCUACUUGAAAAGGAUAAAACGAUCAUGGCUGUUUCUUCUUGGAAUGAUAAUGGACAAGUGGAGUUUGUGCAUGAUCCUGAAAUUCUUUAUCGUUCAGAUUUCUUUCCUGGGCUUGGAUGGAUGCUAACAAAAUCUAUAUGGAAUGAGCUAUCACCAAAGUGGCCUAAGGCUUAUUGGGAUGACUGGGUGAGGUUGAAGGAGGUACACAAAGAUCGCCAAUUUAUUCAUCCAGAAGUUUGCAGAACAUACAAUUUUGGUGAGCACGGUUCUAGCAUGGGGCAAUUCUAUAAACAAUACUUGGAGCCUAUUAAACUAAAUGAUGUUCAUGUUGAUUGGAAAUCAGUGGAUCUGAGCUACCUGUUGGAGGACAAGUUUUUAAACCACUUUGCUCAUAUUUUGUCCAAAGCUAGACCUGUUGAUGGACCUGAUGCUGUUCUGAAGGCACACAAUGUAGAUGUUGACGUGCAGAUCCAGUAUAAUGACCAGAGGGACUUCGAACGAUUGGCCCGUCAAUUUGGAAUAUUUGAAGAAUGGAAGGCAAUUUCUUCCCCAUUUUUAUUUCACUUGACUGUUGGCUUUCCAGGGGACAUCCAAAUACACUGACGCACCCCCAGAUGCAUGGCUGAAGUGCACACAACAUAUGCAGGCACAUGAUGGCAUUCCAAGAACUGCAUAUAAAGGAGUGGUAGUCUUUCGAUAUAGGAGGACUCAGAGGCGUAUAUUUUUUGUGGGCCCAGAUUCUCUCAAGCAGCUUGGGCUAAAGCAUUCUUGAUGAUCAAACCAUGUAUUGCUGCUUUUAAUUGAGCCAUGAUCUUGGAUGAAUGAAAAAUCUAGUUGUUGGAAAUAGUUGGGAAUGACAACGGAGCCUUAUUUAAGAUUACGUUCACGCAUGAAACUAAGAUAUCUUCAGGAAAGGAUGGACCAGCAGAGCACCAGUUUGGAGAGAGAACACAGAAGAGCCAUCUUUCAGCAACAUGACUCAUGAGUUAAUUCCCUUGAAUUUCUGUGUGCUUGCAUUGGUUGUACGUGUCAAAAGCACUCAUUUUUUACCUUAAUUUGUAUGUUACAGUACAGAAUGCUAUACAAAGUUUUCUUCAUGCAGGGAAGAUUUUUCCUCCUCCUGCUUUGCUCUA